CUUGCACCUAUGAAAGAGGCAAAAUGUGAAUUGGACUAAAGGAGCUGAUAUUGAAAAUGUCAGAGAGAGAAGUCCUCAUUUUGAGCAUGCGCACCAUCACAGGGUGUGUUACAUACCUGGCUGCUCAGAUCGAAACUAUAAUGUUGGCCCCGAUUGGCUGGAGCCAUUCACCUGUACUGUUGUUUUACUGGCCCUCCACUCCUGCCCCGUCUCACCAUCCAGGUCCAAAGAUCGCUGCAUUGUUUGCUCAAGCCCUGAGCUGUUAGGCGCCGGGGGAUCCCAGCUCUUCCUGCAUGAACCUGAAACCUCUGCAGUAGGCGCCUCUCUCACCACUACGCCACUUCACCUGUCGUCCGUCCUGUGUCUCUUUCAUCCAGCUGGAAGCCCCAGUCGAACCCCCUUCUCUGCCUGGGAAUCCAAACAGAGCACAGACGAGGACCUGGAUUUACUUUAUCUGAGGGAGAAUUGAAACUAGCUUUUUUUUCCCACUUUCUUUUUAUCUUUUUUUUUUUUGGCCCUGUGUUCCUGUGUCUAUGUGUGUGCAGGACUUAAAGGACCCAAGAAAUCCCAUUUUUGUUUGAGGUGUGAAAUAUGGAGAAACUGAGCUAAAGAUGGGGUCGGCAGUGUCAUACUUUGGCCAGUUGUGUGGAAAGGAGGAAAAAAAAGAGGAGGAGAGACACUUGCGAGCUAAUGACAGACCUUUCAACCUGUCUUACCACUAUGCUAACAAUGCCAUCAAGACCUCCAAAUACAACAUUUUCACCUUCCUGCCACGUAACCUCUUUGAGCAGUUCCGGAGGCUCGCCAAUGCCUACUUCCUCUUCCUCAUGGUCCUUCAGGUAAUACCACAAAUCUCCUCUCUCUCCUGGUUCACCACGGCUGUCCCUCUGAUUUUGGUGCUGUCCAUCACAGCAGUCAAAGACGCCAGCGAUGACAUAAACAGACACAAAAGCGACAAUCAAGUGAAUAACCGCAUCGUGAACGUCCUCAUCGAUGGAGAACUGAGAAAUGAAAAAUGGAUGAAUGUGCAAGUAGGAGACAUAAUCAAACUGGAGAAUAAUCAGUUUGUCACAGCGGACCUUAUGUUGCUGUCCAGCAGUGAGCCUCUCAAUCUGGUCUACGUAGAAACGGCUGAAUUAGAUGGUGAAACCAAUCUGAAGGUGAAACAGGCCCUGACCGUAACUGGAGAGAUGGGAGACAGCAUCCAUGCUCUGGCUAGCUUCAAUGGUGAAGUGCGAUGUGAGUCUCCCAAUAACCGUCUAGACAAGUUCAAAGGAACCAUGACUCUGAACGGACAAACCUACGCUUUGGACAAUGACAAGGUGCUGCUCAGAGGAUGUACUCUGAGAAACACUGAGUGGUGCUUCGGUCUGGUCAUCUUCGGAGGUCCCGACACCAAGCUGAUGCAGAACAGUGGAAAGACAACCUUCAAACGGACGAGCAUUGAUCACCUGAUGAAUGUCCUGGUGUUGUGUAUCUUUGGUUUCCUGGCGUUUAUGUGCUCCGUUCUGGCAAUUGGCAAUGCAAUCUGGGAGGUGAAGGAGGGUUCCGUGUUCACAGCCUUCCUCCCUCGUGACUCAGGGGUUGGUGCUGCUCUCUCAUCCUUCCUCUCCUUCUGGUCCUACGUCAUCGUCCUCAACACGGUGGUGCCCAUUUCUCUCUACGUCAGUGUGGAGAUCAUCCGUCUGGGGAACAGCUUCUUCAUAGAUUGGGACAGGAAGAUGUAUUACCCCAAGAAUGACACUCCUGCACAGGCGAGGACCACCACACUCAACGAGGAGCUGGGCCAGAUCAAAUACAUCUUCAGCGACAAGACCGGCACCCUGACGCAGAACAUCAUGACUUUCAACAAGUCCUCCAUCAAUGGGAAAGCUUACGGGGAGCUGUUUGACUUUGCUGGACAAAGGGUGGAAAUAACAGAGAAGACAGAUAGAGUGGACUUCUCCUGGAACCAGCUUGCUGAUCCAAAGUUCAUCUUUCACGACCACAGUCUGGUGGAGGCGGUGAGAGAAGGAAACCUGGAGGUUCAGGCCUUCUUCCGCUUGCUGGCUCUGUGCCACACCGUCAUGCCUGAGGAAAAGAAAGAGGGGGAGCUCCACUAUCAGGCUCAGUCUCCCGAUGAGGGCGCUCUGGUGACCGCAGCAAGAAACUUUGGGUUUGUGUUCCGCUCACGCACGCCAGAGACCAUCACGAUCGUGGAGAUGGGCAAACAAGUCACCUAUGAACUUCUCGCUGUUCUUGACUUUAAUAAUGUGCGCAAGAGAAUGUCAGUCAUAGUGCGUAGCCCCGAAGGCAAGUUGACUCUAUUCUGCAAAGGAGCAGACACCAUCAUCUUUGAAAGACUGCACCCGUCCUGUAACAAACUGAAGGAAGUUACCACCGGACACCUCAACGAGUAUGCAGGCGACGGCCUCCGUACGCUGGCUCUGGCCUACAAGGACUUGGAUGAGAGCUAUAUGGAGGAUUGGCAACAACGCCACCAUGAGGCCAGCACUGCCAUGGAGGGACGAGAGGAGAGACUGGAUGAACUUUAUGAAGAGAUAGAGAAAGACCUGCAGCUGUUGGGAGCAACAGCUGUGGAGGACAAGCUGCAGGACGGCGUGCCACAGACCAUAGAGCAACUGGCUAAAGCUGACAUCAAAAUCUGGGUGUUGACCGGGGAUAAACAGGAGACAGCGGAAAAUAUCGGCUAUUCCUGCAACAUGCUGAGAGAGGAGAUGAAGGAGAUUUUCAUUGUUACAGCCAAUACGGCUCAAGGAGUCAAAAAAGAGCUACAGAAUGCGAGAAGGAAAAUGUGUCCAGAAGCUGCGGAUGAGCCAUCUGUGAUCAAGGCUCGCGCAGGCCUGUUUUGUCUUGAGAAGACAGAGACUGUGCAGGAUGAGAAGGUGGAUGGAGAAUAUGGCCUAGUUAUAAAUGGACACAGUCUGGCCUUUGCGCUGGAGAGCAACUUGCAGCUGGAGCUGCUGAGGACAGCGUGUAUGUGUCAGACAGUGAUUUGCUGCAGGGUCACCCCUCUGCAGAAGGCCCAGGUGGUUCAGCUGGUCAAGAAAUACAAGCAGGCUGUCACUCUGGCCAUUGGGGAUGGGGCCAACGACGUCAGCAUGAUCAAGGCUGCUCAUAUCGGUGUUGGUAUCAGCGGUCAGGAGGGCAUGCAGGCGGUUCUCUCCAGCGACUACUCCUUCGCCCAGUUCCGUUACCUUCAGCGUCUCCUGCUGGUGCACGGUCGCUGGUCCUACCUACGCAUGUGCAAGUUCCUACAGUAUUUCUUUUACAAGAACUUCACCUUCACCUUUGUGCAUUUCUGGUACGCCUUCUUCUGCGGCUUCUCUGCACAGACUGUGUAUGAUGAGUGGUUCAUCACCUUGUAUAACCUGGUUUACACAGCUCUUCCUGUCCUCGGCAUGAGCCUCUUUGACCAGGAUGUGAAUGACCGCUGGAGUUUCCAGUAUCCUCAGCUCUACACCCCAGGCCAGCUGAACCUGUACUUCAAUAAGAAAGCCUUUGUGUACUGUAUGAUGCACAGCUGCUACAGCUCCCUCAUCCUCUUCUUCAUCCCAUGGGCCGCCAUGCAAGACACGGUCCGAGAUGACGGCAAAGACAUUGCCGACUAUCAGUCCUUUGCUUUAUUGGCACAGACCUGUCUGCUGGUUGUGAUGAACAUACAGCUGUGUCUGGACACCCAUUACUGGACAGCAGUGAACCAGUUUUUUGUUUGGGGCAGCCUGGCCGCUUACUUUGCCUUCACAUUCACCAUGUACAGCAACGGCAUGUUUCUCAUCUUCACCUCCUCUUUCCCCUUCAUCGGCACCGCACGAAACUCUCUGAGCCAGCCUAACGUGUGGCUGACCUUAUUCCUGACUUCCCUCCUCUGUAUUCUGCCUGUGGUGGCUUUCCGCUUCAUUCUCAUUCAGCUUCGGCCCACCAUCAACGACAAGAUGAGACAUAAGGUGCGGAAGGAGGCUCUGCCAGCUCCUGCACCACGCCGCCCACCUACCAGGCGUAUCAGCACCCGUCGGUCUGGCUACGCCUUCUCCCACACCCAGGGCUACGGUGCUCUGGUGACAUCUAAGAGGUUCCUGCUGAAACUACCCCUGAGGAGUCGACCGAUCCUGUUUACGCAAACAGACUCUCCUCUGGCUCAGAAUCAGCCACAGCACUAUCGCAGCAUCGCAGAGGGGCCGGAGGAGUCACAGAGCCCUUAGACAGGAGGUACGCAGGGACUAAACCGCUGCAGAGUGCAUUUUUAUUCUGGAGCCUAGCUCACACUCAUGAGAGGAUGCACAGGGUAAAGUUCACUACCUGGAUUGUUUCCAGGUCAAACCUUUACACUUAAAACUGAGUCUGACACGGAGAUGGACCUUUUUGUUAAACCACAAACAGCCGUUUUAUCUCUCUCGCCCGCCACCAGACUCCAUUGAAAAGACCAAUAAUUUUAUCUCACAGACCAUUGUUAAACACACUUCAAAUUCAUUCAAACUCAAACCUUAAUUCACCACAUUAGAUGAGAAAUUAACCAGCCGUUAUAUCACUCACUCAUGUGCACUAACAUGCAAGCGCGGCCGAGAUCUUUUUAAGUGUUCACUGUUUUAUACACUGUAAACAUACAGUACAAAAGCUGACUCAAAUUUCAGAAGUCAGCACAACCUUGAACUCACUAUCAAGGAGAGUUUUUAACAGUCCCUACUCACAGCUGCCAGCAGAGAUUUGACAGAAAAAUAAAAGUACAUCACCUCUCAAGCAUGAUUUAAUAUUGUGUGUGGUAAGCUUUGAGAAAUGGUCAGAAAAACAUUAUGCAGUUUGUAGUGAAUGGGCUAAAACAUGCAAAACCAGAAACUGCGAUGAGAUUAACUUUGUGUCAUGCACACUACAUUUUUUACAGUAUUCGUUGUGAUCUGUAUAGAGUUUUAGAAAGUUAAGUUAAAAAAACAUAAAUGUUGGCUCUAGCUGAUCUGGGGAAACUGGAUUACACUGCCUGCAACAUGAAGUUGCAUUUUGUACCUUUUAAUUUUUUUUUUGUUUUUCUUAAGUGAAUUUUAAAUACUCAGGGUGUCAUUCUGAGAAAGGAUAAAAGAGUGAUUUCAGUUGAAAUCUACAAUGAACCUCUUUUCACUCUGUUGUUUACAUAAUUAUUCACAUGAAGAUUUGGUUCACAAUGUUUUAUUUGUGUUCUGCUCUGUGUUCAUCUGUUUGUUUGUUUAUGAAGGGAUGUAUAACUUGUCCAAUUAGUACCACUUAGUCACAGUAUGUUCGAAGUACAGCCAGGGGUCAGUGCUGUCUUUGUAAUUGUAGAAAGAAAUGGUUUAAGUGUCAUAUGAGGGACAGUGCAAGGACCAGCAGACAGCACAUAUUACUCAUAAAGUCCCUUUUUUCAGUCCUACCACAUAUUUUGCCAAUGUCUUUCAUUUUAUUACAUUUUAUUUUGGGCUAUCGUUAAAGUUUCUGCAUCUGUAGAGAUCAUCUGUGACUAAAACAAAUAAUUAAUAAUAAUUAAUCAGUUAAAUAAUGAAUUGACUUU